AAGCGGGAUGUUCGGAGAGCAAACAAAGCCUUCGCUCUGUGUUGGCCGGACAAAGCGCCUUUAUAAAAGGAGCUGCCAAAUGCACACAUGCAGUCUGAAGGGGGCUGCUGUGCUGUCGCUGAGGCCGCCAUUGUCUCCUAUGGAAGGCUCCAGGGAUCACUUACAUAGUGAGAGCGAAACUGUCUCUCCGGACAGGGAGACAGGGCAGCUGGGGAUGGCAGUAGGCGACACUGCGGAAAUGGACGUGCCGGAGACACCCGAAGGGCCAAUACACCAAAAGGAUGGUGGUCCAUUAGAUGCGGCUGAUCCUACAGAAGAGGGCAAGGGCUGCUGUUCUCCUGCCACGGAAGGCCCAGAUCCGGAUGCUGCCCAGUUAGGCGCUCCAGAACCGGUGCCCUCAGCACCCUUGGAGCCGCCCGCUUUGACGGAGACUUCUGUGCCGCCGGUGGCCGACCUGCACCACCCGCGCCCCUCCAAAGUCUCGCUGGCCGAGAUGGAUUGCCUCAUCUGCUUCAACCGGUACAGCGCCCGCCGCCUGCCCAAAGUCCUGGCCUGCCAGCACGUCUUCUGCGCCGUCUGUUUGAAGCUCAUCCUGCGGAACGAAGACCACACCUGGCUCGUCAGCUGCCCGCUCUGCCGGAAGGCCACCGUCGUUUUCGGAGGCCUGAUCUGCAGCCUUCACGACAAGGAGGACGUGGUGGGCCGGCUGGGCAGCCCUGGCCUGGACGCCGAGGUCCCCUGUCCACCAGAGCCUCCUGGCACCGGCCUCCCUGACGGCAACCCCGCCUCUGAGAAUGAUGCCGUCAGGGGACCAAGCCGGGCAGCGGCCAAGAGGCUGGUGCUGCUCCUGCUGCUGGUGGCCGUCCUUAUUGUCGUAGUCCUCCCCUUCAUGUACACGGGGAUGCUGAAGUGGGUGCUUUGCUCCGUGGUGGUCCUGGGGCUCAUCAUGUCGGUGCUGCUUUGCUGCAACCCCAGCUGGAGCUGCCCAGAUCUCUUGCGGUCUCCCUGGAGGUGGAAGGAGAGCCAGGCAGUGUCGGUUGCUUGAGAAGACCGCCGGGCUGUGGUUUCCUUAUUUGUGGGUCGGGAGCGUUGCA